GCAAGGCUUUAAAAUAUGGUACAAAAAAGCAAAGGCUAGGCCGAGAUUCCAUGCGAGAAUUUGAUGCAUGCUUUCUUUGUCUUCAAAGAGCCCGUGAUCCUAUAUGUUGUGAGCAAGGUCAUCUAUAUUGUAAAGAGUGUAUACUAGAAAAUCUUUUAGCUCAAAAAAGAGAAAUCCGACGCCAACAAAAUUUAUUGGAAGCAAGAGCAAAAGAUGAAAUUGAGGAAUCUAAAAGAAAAGAACAAUUGGCAAAAGAGGCGGUGAUUCAUGAUUUUGAGAGGCAACAGGUUAGAAUCGCACCAUUAGGAACAAAAACGAAGGAAUCAAUGAAAACAUCAGACAAAUCGACAAAAACAACAGAUAAUUCUACAAAAACAACAGAUAAUUCUACAAAAACAACUGAUGAUUCUACAAAAACAAAUGAUAAUGGUAAAACACCCAACUCUACAAAAAGUUUCAAAGCUAUAGAAAAUGGCGAAACAUUGCAAGAGUUUGUAACAGUAGCUGGAAAAAAACGAGACUUUCGUCUCGAUGAAGAAGAAGUCGAAGCAAUAGCUCUACGUGAGCAACAAGAAGCAAUGAAGAGAUUAGAGGAGGAACAGACAGCUGCAUCUAAACCAAAAUUACCUAACUUCUGGUUGCCGUCACUUACCCCAUCUGCGGAUCCUGAUAAAAUCAAAUCGGUGAAAUUACAGACAAUGUGUACUGCUACUGAUCCUGAACAUCCUUUUGGAGUGAAAAAUUUCAUACCGACAAAGUUUACUGAAGACAUAGACCCCAACACUAAAAAAACCAGCUUUGUUUGUCCUUCAUGUCGUAAAACCUUAACAAACUCUGUUAAGAUUUGUUUGGUGAAACGCUGUGGGCAUGUUAUUUGUAAAAUUUGUGUUGAAAAAUUUGUUAAAAAUUCCAAGCAAUGUUUUGUUUGCGGUGAAAAAUGUCGAAGCAAAGAUAUUGUUGAUAUGUCGGGCGAAGGUACUGGAUUCGCGAGUGGUGGUGGUCCGGUAAUGGCAGAACGUUUCGAUGUUUCGUUUCAGUGA